GUUACAAGACGUCGUGAAAUUAUACGAUCUGAUAUAAGCUCCCGAAAACCGGGCCCUUUUUAAGUUCUGGAUUUUCUGAAUCAUCGAGAGAAGGAGAGAGAGGGAGAGAGAGAUGGGGUUCGUGAUGGAGUUCGCGGAGAACCUGAUACGCCGGAUGAUGGAGGACCCCGAGGAGAGGGACAGGAAGAACAGGGAGCACAUCUACGCGGUGAAGGCUCGGUGCGACAAGACCAAGGAGAUGUGGGCGCUGCCCAUCAGGCCCUACGGCUUCUGGACCUUCGAGCGCCACAACGCGCAGCUCGCCCGCGACGCCCAGAUAAGCAACGCUGCUGGACGCCGCGACCCCUAUGACGAGCUCCUCCUCGACGACUCUAAGUAGCCUCGCCUCUCGGCCUGCCUACUUCUCUUACUGCUUCGCGUUGUUCAGGAAGGUGCAGGUGCAAUAAAAACACCUUGAUGGAUCCAUAUAACAUUGUUAAUCGAUUGUCUUCAGUGCAAUCUGUUACUUUUGGACAAUUAAACUCAAUGGUUAGACUGCAUGGAACUGUUUGAAAUUAAUGACUCAAGGUCUGUCCUGUUUAUGGUUAAUCUCAUGUUAUUUCAUUGACAAUUGUAGCAUACGGACACCCACUACAACAGUUCGCAUGCUCAUACUGGAAUCUCAUUAUCAUGUUCUUUAA